CAUAAAUUUCUCUGUUUUUAAUUGUCUAUUAAAAAUUAACAACAAUUAAUCUAAAAUCAGAAAUAUCCCGUUUUUAGGGCUUUAUUCAGAUAAGAAAUCAGUGGAAGUCAAAAAAGAAUUUAAUGUUUCGAGUUUCUUCUUUCUAGAUUCAUUUUUUUUUCUCUCUCUCUCUCACCAUCACACAUAACACAGAAGAAUCCAUGGCUGCUUCUUCAUCCUCUAAUGCUUCCUUCUUUGGAGUUCGAGAAGAAGAUCAAACUCACCUUCUUCCUCCGAAUCCCUCCGCGGCCGUCGCUCCUCCUCCUCACCACCAGCCACCGCAGUCUCAGCAACCUCUUGAAGCUCCACCGCAGAAAAAGAAGAGAAAUCAACCAAGAACUCCAAAUUCCGAUGCAGAAGUGAUCGCUUUAUCUCCAAAGACACUAAUGGCUACAAAUAGAUUCAUAUGCGAAGUAUGCAACAAAGGUUUUCAGAGAGAACAGAAUCUACAACUUCAUCGAAGAGGACACAAUCUCCCAUGGAAACUUAAGCAGAAGUCGACCAAAGAGGUGAAGAGGAAAGUGUAUCUUUGUCCGGAGCCCACGUGCGUCCACCAUGAUCCGUCACGUGCUCUCGGAGACCUCACCGGAAUCAAGAAACAUUAUUACCGUAAACACGGUGAAAAGAAGUGGAAAUGCGAGAAAUGUUCUAAGCGUUACGCUGUUCAAUCGGAUUGGAAAGCUCACUCCAAGACUUGUGGUACCAAAGAAUAUCGUUGCGACUGUGGUACACUCUUCUCCCGGCGAGAUAGUUUCAUUACACAUAGAGCCUUCUGUGACGCGUUGGCUCAAGAGAGUGCGAGACACCCAACUUCUUUGACUUCUUUACCAAGUCAUCACUUCCCGUACGGACAAAACACCAACUCCAACAACAACAGUUCAAGCAUGAUGCUUGGUUUGUCCCACACGGGGCCCCCACAGAAUCUUGAUCAUCACUCUGGCGACGUUCUCCGACUUGGAAGCGGCGAAGGAGUAGGUGGAGGAGCCGCCUCACGCUCUUCAUCUGAUCUCAUUGCUGCAAAUUCUUCAGGUUACUUCAUGCAAGACCAAAACCUUAGCUUUCAUGAUCAACAACAAGGAUUUUUGGCUGCAAGCAAUAACAUCAAGCCAUCACCAAUGAAUUUUCAACAGAGUCUGAUGCAGUUCUCGCAUGAUAGCCAUAACUCUCCUUCCUCCAAUCUCUUCAAUCUCAGUUUCCUCUCUGGAAACAACGGAGUUGCUUCUGCUACAAGCAACCAUAAUGCUGCUGCUGUUUCUUCCGGUAAUCUUAUGAUCUCGAACCAUUUUGAUGGCGAAAAUGCUAUUGGAGGCGGAGGAGGAGGGGAAGGAAGCACGGGUCUCUUUCCUAACAAUAUGAUUAACUCGACGGACAGAACAAGCUCAGGAGCAGUGCCUUCACUCUUUAGCUCAUCAAUGCAAAAUCCCAUAUCAACACCUCAAAUGUCAGCCACUGCUCUUCUUCAAAAAGCUGCUCAAAUGGGUUCAACCUCAAGCAACAACAACAACAACAACAACAACGGAAGCAGCAACAAUAAUAAUAACAAUGCCUCAUCCAUUCUAAGAAACUUUGGGAGUGGAAUGUACGGAGAAAACGAGAGUAAUCUCUACGAUUUGAUGAACUCUUUCUCUAACCCCGAUCCAACGGGAAACAACGCUAAUGGAGUAAAUUCUCCGUUUGGUUCGUACAGAGGAGUGAACAAGGGAUUAAACGCUGAUAAACAAAGCUUGACUAGAGACUUUCUUGGAGUUGGACAGAUCGUAAGAAGCAUGAGUGGAAGCGGAGGGGUUCAACAACAGCAACAACAACAUGGGAAUAGUAGAGAAAGAGUUGGCUCUUCGUCGGAUUCUGUCGAUAGAAACAGCAACACUUUUAAUCCUGGUGGUGGUCCGGCAACUUCACCACCGUAUGGAAUCCAUCAUGCUAGUUUCUAGCUAAGAGAAUUUUUUUAAAAAUGUUUCGAUUCAUCAACAUAGAUGCUAUCUUUUUCAGGUACGCAUGUCGUCAUCAAAAUCCGCAAUUAUAGUUUUGUUGCAAGUCUCUUGAUACUUAAGUUUAUCAGCAAAAAAUAGUUGCAAUUUAUCUAAACUCAGCUCCUUUUUCUCUCUUGUAAAAGAUUUUGCGUUUAUAGUUUGUAAAAAUGGAUUCAUGACAUGGUCCAGGAGUCUAGAGAUCACUUGCUUCUUCGCUGUGAGAUCAGUGAAAGCAUCUGGAAAAUGGCCCUUCAAAGGCUAGGUUACAGGUCCUUUCUUUUCCAUACUUGGACUUCUUUUAUGCAUUGGCUUUCCCACAGAGAUUCAUCUUGCCCACUCCUGCUUAAAAGGCUUGUGGGACAAGCUGUUGUGUAUGAGUUGUGGACAGAACGCAACCGAAGACUCCAUGACGGUAUUGCUACCACUUCAGCGGCAAUAUUCAAGCAGAUUGACAGAUUUAUAAGGGACGCUAUCCUAGGCAAUAGAAGACGUAAACAUUUCCAUCCUCUUAUGCAACACUGGCUUCGUUUUGAGUAGCUGAUUCCUAAGCUUCCUAUUAGCUUCUUUUGGAGUUUCAACCUUGUUUUUCAUGAUUUUUGCCUUGGUUGAUUCUUCUUCGUACUAACCUUUUUGUAAAUUUACAAACUCUGUCUCAUAUUAUUUAUGAAAUUCACAUAUUUGGCAAAAAAAAAAAAAUGGAUUCAUGACUCUUAAAAAUAAUUGCAGAUGAGUUUAUGCCUUUAUGGUUUGAGAAUCUAUAAUUUUAUUGUUUUGUUUUAAA